CUGGUGCUGCUGGUGCUGCUGGCCCCGGCGCGGGCCGAAGGGGACGGGCGGGCGGGGAAGGAGGGCGAGAGCCCGGGCAAUUUCAUGGAGGACGAGCAGUGGCUGUCGUCCAUCGCCCAGUACAGCGGCCCCAUCAAGCACUGGAACCGCUUCCGAGACGAUGACUACAUCAAGAGCUGGGAGGAUAAUCAGCCAGUUGAUGAAGGUGUGGACACUACUAAGGACCCCUGCCAGAAAGUUAAAUGCAGCCGCCAUAAAGUGUGCAUUGCCCAGGGCUACCAGCGAGCCAUGUGUAUUAGCCGGAAAAAACUGGAGCACAGAAUCAAGCAGCCUGCCCUGAAACUCCAUGGAAACAAGGAGAGCUUUUGCAAGCCCUGUCACAUGGCCCAGCUCGCAUCUGUCUGUGGCUCUGAUGGACACACUUACAGCUCUGUGUGUAAACUGGAGCAGCAGGCCUGCCUGACCAGCAAACAGCUGACCGUCAGGUGUGAGGGGCAGUGUCCGUGUGCGACUGAGCAUAGCCCGACCUCAGCCACAGACGUCAAGCAAGAGACCUGCACUGGGCAAGACUUGGCAGACUUGGGGGAUCGGCUACGCGACUGGUUCCAGCUGCUCCACGAGAACGCCAAGCAGAACAACUCUGGAAACCCAGGGGCCGGUCCAGCAAAUGUGCUGGACAAGAGUCUGGUAGCCAGUUGCAAGGACUCCAUCGGCUGGAUGUUUUCCAAACUGGAUACCAACAGUGACCUUUUCCUGGACCAGUCCGAGCUGGCAGCCAUCAACCUGGACAAGUAUGAGAUUUGCAUCCGGCCUUUCUUCAACUCCUGUGACACCUAUAAGGAUGGACGUGUCUCCACUGCAGAGUGGUGCUUCUGCUUCUGGAGAGAAAAGCCGCCCUGUCUUGUGGAGCUGGAGAGGAUUCAGAUCCAGGAAGCAGCAAAAAAGAAACCUGGGGUUUUCAUUCCCAGCUGUGAUGAGGAUGGCUACUACCGGAAGAUGCAGUGUGAUCCAGGCAGUGGGGAGUGUUGGUGUGUUGACCAUCUUGGCAUGGAGCUAACAGGAACACGGAUGCACGGGACCCCAGACUGUGAUGACAUAGUUGGGUUCUCAGGGGACUUUGGGAGUGGUGUUGGAUGGGAAGAUGAGGAAGAGAAAGAGGUGGAGGAAACCGGCGAGGAGACUGAGGAAGAGGAAGGAGAGGCAGGGGAGGCCGAUGACGGAGGCUACAUCUGGUAGAAGCGGCAAAAAGCACAGUUUGGUCGGGAUGCUGGCUGAAGGGCUGGGAGACAGCAUUCAAAAUUCAAAGGAGAGGAACAGCUUAACAAGAUGAUCAGGAAACACAGUUGAAUGUAACUCAGUAUGGCAGGACAUGUUGUGUGAGAGGGGUGUGUGUGUGUGUCUGUGUCUGG